CUCUAUCCGUAUACAAAUAUCCAUGUCUGAACCUAUUUCCUUUGUAAUUCCGGUAAAGCGGAUUCUUACUCCAGAAGAUCUUACCAAGUGGGGUGAGUCCGAAACAUACAAAAAGUUGAACGCCUUCAUCGAGCGCCUCGCCACAUCUAUCAAAGGGUUGACCAAUGAGGCAGAAACGGGCGCUUCAGAGAUUAUAGACGCCUUGCUCGCCAUGCUUGACGGUAUAGAGACUAUCUUAUCGCAGCACCCGGUGGUGGAAGACGCGAACACCUCGCGAUUCGGCAAGGUGGAGUUCCGAGACUUCUACGACGACGUGAAGGAACAGGUGGUGGGGUUACUCGCUCCUAUUGUGCAGAUAUAUCAGAAAACAGCCUAUGGUGACCCCACAGUUGAACUAGCGGCAUAUCUCUCGGAAUCUUUUGGUAAUAGAACCCGUAUCGAUUACGGAUCGGGCCACGAGCUCAACUUCAUGGCGCUUCUUCUCUGCUUGGACGAGCUCCGCCUUUUCGUGCCGGAAGACGACAAGGCACUUGUGUUGAAGGUGUUCAUCCGCUACAUGGCGCUUAUGCGCCGUUUGCAGCGUGAGUACUGGUUGGAGCCUGCGGGAUCGCACGGGGUGUGGGGCUUGGACGAUUACCACUUCUUGCCUUUCCUCUUCGGUUCCUGGCAGUUGUACACACAUCCAAACUUGAGGCCCAAGUCGAUUCGCAGUCAGGAUAUGGUGGACAUGUUUCACCCCAAGUACAUGUACUUUGAGUGCAUCAAUUUCAUCAAUGAGGUCAAAAACGUGCCCUUACGCUGGCAUUCGCCCAUGUUGGACGAUAUUUCCGGCGUAAAAACCUGGGCCAAGGUUGCCGAGGGUAUGUUCAAAAUGUUCAAGGCAGAAGUCCUUGGAAAGUUGCCGGUAAUGCAGCAUUUUCUUUUCGGGAGCAUUCUCGUUGUGCCUGUCGGCAUUAGUGAGAAGGGUGACCAGGAUGAUGAUUGCUGUGGUCACUCUCUGUUGAACACUUGGGGCGAUUGCUGUGGAAUCAAGGUCCCGAGUGCCAUUGGGGCGAGCCAGAUGAACAAACAGCAGGGAAUCAAGCCUAUCCCGUUUGAUUAGGGAAGGAGAAUGCUGUACGUUAACGUAGAAAUGCGGGUAUAUCCUCUGCCACAUACCCCGGGGUAUAUAAUUUUUUCUGCAAAGCUUGGCUAAAAAACUGUCUAUAGAUUGUAUUCGUUUCCAUCCGAAGCUCAUCUAAUUUCAUAAAACACGUUCGCCAACGGAGCUCUUGAUUUUCAUAUAGGAAUCGAAAAG